AUGGAUUCUCUUUCUAAGCCCAGCCGUGGUGGCCCUCUGCCCAACACCACCUUCCUAACAAAGAAACUUCAUCCAUCCCUCCUAGACCUCCUCAACUUCUCCGCUAUCCUAUUUUCCUUCUCCGUAGAAGCUUUUUUCAUCAUUCAAAAAUGGCAUCUGUUAUUCCAUGCACUCUGGCUCCUCUGUUUCCUCCUGUUCUUCUUCCUCAAUUACCAUUACUUUUCAAAACCUCUUCCCGUCUAUCUGGUAGACUUCUCAUGUCUAAAACCCCCAAAUUCCUGCAGAAUCCCAUUUUCAACCUUCAUUCGACAUGCACAAGAGUUCUUUGACGAACAGAGCAUUUCGUUCAUGGCCAAAGUGCUCUGCUCUUCUGGACAGGGUCCAGAAACCUACCUCCCACCUGCUCUGCACUACAUUCCACCAAGGUCAAACCACCAUGAAUCCACCAAGGAAGUCGAAAUGGUUCUCUUCCCUGUCCUCGAAGACCUCCUCUCCAAAACCAAUCUCUCUCCUCAAGAAAUCGACAUCCUCAUUGUCAACUGCAGUGGGUUUUGCCCAAUCCCUUCUCUCUCCUCCAUCAUUGUUAACAAAUACUCCAUGAGAGAUGAUAUCAGAACAUUCACUCUCUCUGGCAUGGGCUGCAGUGCCAGUGCACUUGCCAUUAACAUGGCCCAAGACCUCUUGAAAGUCCACAAGGAUUCCAACGCUGUCGUUCUCAGCACAGAGAUUUUGUCCACUGGUUGGUACCCAGGAAAAGAAAAAUCCAUGUUGGCCCUCAACUGUCUUUUCCGGAUGGGCAGUUCCGGUAUUUUACUCAGCAACAAAAAGGAUGCGAGAAACAAAGCCAAAUAUAAGUUGGUGCAUAGUCUUAGAUCACAAAGGGCAUCUGAUGACAAGGGUUACUACUCCGCCUUUCGCGAAGAGGAUUCGGAUGGGAUCACAGGAUUUACCCUCAGGAGGGAUUUGUUGCAGGUGGCCGGAGAAAUUCUCCGGUCAAACAUCACGGCUAUAAGCCCGUCGGUUUUGCCGGCGAUGGAGAUUUUCCGGCACCUGGCUUCGAAGAUUUGGAAGAGGCUUAUCGAUAAGUCUGUGGAUACUUACUUGCCCAAUUUCAGGUCAGUGAUUCAGCACUUUUGCUUGCCGGCAUCGGGCCGGCCGGUGAUAAGAGAGAUAGGGAAAGGGCUGAGGCUUGGGGAGGGAGAGAUGGAGCCUGCUUUGGUGACACUGCACAGAUUUGGGAACCAGAGUUCUUCAUCAUUGUGGUAUGAAUUGGCUUAUUUGGAGGCCAAAGAGAGAGUGAAGAAGGGGGACAAGGUGUGGCAGCUUGGGAUGGGGAGUGGGCCGAAGUGCACUAGUUUGGUUUGGAAGUGUGUUAGGCCCAUUGUUGGGGAGGCCCAGAAGGGCCCAUGGGAUGACUGCAUUGAUAGCUAUCCUAACUUGGUUGUUGAGAAGGAUUAAAGGUGGCAAUUAAUACUUCAUUAAUUGUUGAAACAAACCUCUGUUUUCCACAAUUUCCAUUCUAACAACUACUACUCUAAUGGGCAAAUUUGGUUUUUCCUUUUGAACAUGAAUCUGUGAUAAGGUAUAUUUUCCUCUCUUUUUUUCGUUGUUUUUUUGAUAACUUAGUUGUCCAAGGCAGUUUAAGCGCAACCUGACUAGUGGGUAGUUCCAUUUCCUUUUUCCUUUCUUUUCGUGUGUAGUUUCAUGACCGCAUAAAUUUGACGUAGAGUUCUCUCAGAAUUACUAUAUAGAAUUUGUUUUCA